AUGCAUCAUUUUAGGGGACUCACAAGCAAACUAACUUCAUCCUUUCCCUCUAAAGAAAGGCAGAAGAAAGAGCAGUACUAUUUGAAGAAUGGAAGUGUAGUGCUAGAGGAGCUUAUUGCUUUAUGCGAUGGAAAAAGCCGAAUUCCCCUUCGUUACUUCAGUGCCAUAGAAAUCGAGAGGCCGAUUGAACAUUCAGAAAAGUCAUUAUACACCUACGGAAGACAUAUGGUAAAAGGCUUACUAGACAAACGCUUUGUUUUGGUUAGCUUCGCGUACGAUACUUUCACUGCAAAGUACUCCAAUUAUAUAUGUCACGAUAUAGCAAUUACUUCUCAGAUGAGUCAUCUUAAUAACGUGCUUAAACUUAUUGGUUGUUGCCUAGAAUAUGCAGUACCUGUUCUAGUGUAUGAAUAUGUUGAGGUUAUAACUCUUCAUGAUUUACUUUUUGAUGCUAGAAAUUCAUCACUAUCUUGGGAAAGUAGAUUGCGGAUUGCCAAUGCGAUUGCUUCAGCAAUUCUUUAUCUCCAUAGUGAAUUUACUACGCCCAUUAUUUACGUAGACCUGCACUUACAAAAGGUGUUAAUAGAUCAGAGCAGUGGAGUUGCAAAACUAUUUGACUUUUCAUUGUCCAUAUCAUUGCCUCCGGGAGAGUUGGAAGCAGAAGCUCAAGUUGUGCACGGAACAUGUGGUUACUUAGAUCCAGAAUAUGUCCGCUCGGGUAUUGUUACUCAAAAAACUGACGUCUUCGGUUUUGGAGUUAUUCUCUUUCAGCUAUUGACUGGAAAGAGAACGUUUAUUUUUAAUAUUGACCCGUACAACGCGUCCAAUAUUGAAGAGUGUAAUAUAAUGGAUAUAGUGGAUCCUGCAAUUUUGGAAGAGAAUGGAAUUGAGAUUCGACAACAAUUGGAGGACUGCUUGGAUCUUGUUAAGAGAUGCACACUAUCAAAUGGAGAAGAUAGACCAUACAUGAUUCAUGUUGCAAAAGAAAUACGCCAAAUUGAGAAGUGUUUUCGUGCCCUCACUCAAGGUCUGAAUUAG